UAUUUCCCUGCAAAUCUUACCACUUUCUGAUUUUUUACAUUUAAAUAUUUUUGUUAGAGCAGACACAUAAGCUAAACUGUUCCGUACAAAUGCUAACUUUAUGAGAGUUAACAUUAACUGUGUAUUAUAAAAGAAAUUAGUUAAUAAAAUGUUAAAAAAAUAUUAUUAUAUUGGUUGUUAAACUGUUAAUUAACUAAUCUAAAACAGGAAAUUACAACAUGGUUGCUUAUAUGUUUUCAAUGGUUAUCGGUAUUAUUUUUAUAGUUGAAGCAGAAUUAACUAUGGCUGCAAUGAAACCAACUAUGACUGCAAUGAUGAGCGAAUCAACUAUGGCUGCAAUAAAAAACUCCUUCAAUAAUACUUUUAUUUUAAACCAAAUAUACAUGCACGAAAGAAAUGAAAAAAACAUUGAAAAUAAUGAAACGGAUGUCUCAAACAUGUCUCUAGAAGAUAUAUGUAAAUUGCUAGGAAUACCUUUACAAAACUGUUCGUGUAACAACGGAAACAUAGAAAUGAAGGAUCUGUGCGAUUUACACAAAACUAAUAAUCAAACCGUGUAUAACUGUGACGAUCUUUUGAACAAAGUUACUGGCGUUAGCAAUAUAAUAUCAUCAACAUUGGCAUUGAUUGGCAACGUUUUUGUUAUUUGGGUUUCACUCACACAACAUAACGAGUUUACGAGGUUCAACCAGUUAGUAAUAAGCUUAGCGGUUUCUGAUUUUGUAUUUGCCUUUGUGCAACUUAUUAUGAGCGUACCUCAAACAUGGACAUGUCGUUGGGUAUAUGGUUUAGUUUUAUGUAAGAUACUUCGUGCUGCCUUGGCUGCAAGUGCCAACAUUGCAAUAGGAUUUAUUGUUAUAAUUGCAAUUGAACGUUAUAUAGGUGUGGUGCAUUUGUUUAGCUCAAUUCUAAAUCAAACUCGAUUUCAAGUCAUGAUUUGUUUAAAUAUAAUUUUUGGCAUUCUCUCAGUUGUUCCUCCUCUGAAAGUUCUUCAACUAAAAAAACUUGACUCUUGUUCGGAAGAGUGGAGCAGAGAGGGCUCGCGUAUUUACACGUGGCUUUUGUUUUUAUUUUACUAUCUUUUCCCUAUUAUUUUGAUGACUGUUCUUUAUUUAGUUAUGUUUGUGUGGUUAAGAAAGUCAUUUUUAAAAAACGAUAUUUUGAACGACAUUGCUCAAAAAUCUCGAUUUAUUAAAAACAAGAAGAUUCUCUUUAUUCUGGUUUGGAUUUUGGCUAUGUUUGCUAUACUCAUCCUUCCGAAUAAGAUAUUUUGGAUUAUAAACGAUACGUAUGGUAUAAACAAUCUUAACAGCAAAAAAACAACACGGUUUCUGACAAUCUUUUCGGAUAUUCCUUAUGGAUUUCAUGCAGCAGUCAAUCCAAUUAUUUAUUCAAUUGUCGAUCUGAGAUUUAGACAGAGAUUAAAAUUUUUACUUAGUUCUGCGGUGAGCGCUCUUAUUCAUUCUUCGACAUUGACGAUGUCGCAUAUUUCAUAUCGAACAAACACCAAAAUAGACAAUACUUUGUAUCACUCAAAUAUUGAAUUGGAAAAUACGGUGUACCAAUCAAACAUAGAGGCGGACAAUAUUUCGUAUAGAUCCCAUUUAGAACUAGACAAUAUUGUGUUCCAACCAAACAAAAAUGUGUAUAACAUAUUGCAUCAACCAAAUACAGAAUAGAACAAUUUUAAAUAAAAUUUACGAAACAUUUAAAGCAUUUGAAAAUAUAUAAAAGAUUUAAAAUGCAGUUAUAAAAAUAUUUAUGUUU